AGUGUUUCACACAUUUUCCCAUGCAAUAAAAAAACGAAAGAAAGAUGGCUGCACGAAGACAGUAGGCAAGUGAAAAAAGGUAUGUUAAAUAGUGAAAUCCAAUGGAACGCGUCUGAUUGUAAUAAACAGAUAAGAUAGAAGAAUGGCAGCUGGCUACAUGACUAGAUUACCACGAUUACAGUGAAAGAACUAUAUAAUAUAAAAGAAAAAUCCUAAAUUAGUGGAAGUAUUUAAAAAAAAAAAAUACAUAAAAAAGCUCAACAAGAAAAUCGAAAGCCUUCCAUUUCUGCACAUUUACACAGUCGUAUAUAGCGGUGUGGUGAAACCGCUGCGUAUGAUUUUCAUUUUCAAUCAUUAAAUUGGCAGGCCGAAAUAUUUAUAAAUCGUUGGAUUCUUCCAUCGGUUUCCAUCAAUAUCAUUUUUAGACGAUAGUCACUAUUUGUUAUUGAGCCCGCAUUAAAAUUAUAUGAACGUGAAGUUGGAGUCGCAUAUGUCUAGAGCCCUAAGUCGUGCAAUCACAAUGACUGUCAGCGCUGAAAAGCCCUUCCAAUGUGCUGUAUGCGAAAAACAAUUCCGUCAGCUUAGUACGCUCACAAACCAUUAUAAAAUCCAUACCGGAGAAAAGCCAUUCAAAUGUCAUAUAUGCGAUAAACGAUUCAGGCAAUCGAGUACGUUGACAAACCAUGCAAAAAUCCAUACAGGAGAGAAACCGUUCAGUUGCAAUUAUUGCGCAAAACUAUUCCGACAACUAAGCACACUAAUCAAUCAUACAAAGAUCCACACGGGCGAAAAACCUUUUGAAUGCGCUGUGUGCAAAAAACAAUUUAGACAGUCUAGUACUCUAAAUAAUCAUAUUAAAAUCCAUGUAUCGGAUAAGCCAUUCUUGCAAGAGUUGCAGGAAGCCCACAGUCGAUUUAAGCAGGAGCCACAACAAGACGCAACUAUGUGAUCAUUGAUUGUAAUCAAAUCUAAAUAAAUAAGAAUUAAAACAUGAAAAGAAGAACGAACAAAAUAAAAAAAAGAAAGAAAAAUGUAUAAUUAAAAAUGCAAAAUAUACAUACAAAUGCAAAACAGAAAAUGUCAUCAAUUACAACCACCUAUCAUCAACCACAAUUUGAAUGAAAACAUCAAUAUCAUUUUAUUUAACUGCACAGUUAAUUAAUAGCAAAUAUUCAAUGCUGAAAAUUAAAAGAAAAAAACAAAAAUAGCAGAAAAAAUACUAAAAGUAUUUUCUGAGAAACAGAAUUAUGUGAAGUGAAUUGCUUACGGGAUAAGUUAAAAUAUACAUAGAGAGCAAAACGAUGCUAAAGAAUUAAGUGAAACGAGCCAUUUUCAAUAGACGUAAAAAUUAAAAUUAGAAUUGAAACAAGCCAAUAGCAAUACCGUUGAUUUCAUUGAAAGUUAAAGGAAAAAUUAAGAAGAAAAGACGACAAAGACGAAAGAGGAAAAACCCAAAACUACUAAAGUCAUGAUGACGAAAUCAGUAUGUAGUUGCUCUUUUUUUGAAAAACAUUUCAACAAAAUGUUCAUCAGAAUAUAGUCAGUAAACAAAUCUCGAAAGUAAACUAAAAAUGAUGAAGUCAGACAUUUUCUCGGGAAGAAGAAGGAGAGAGAGUCAGCCGAACUAUUGAUGCGAGGUGAUAAACAUACGAAUUCCCAUCAAAACCAACCAUACAAAUACGAAUGGAAAUAAAAAUGAAAACAAAGUUUUGUUCGGAGGUGAUUAUAAAAUAUUGACAUCGUCAACGUGACAAACAUUAAAAGAGCCAAAAAUGAAGAUGGAUGAAGCUGUCAUAUUGCCAUUCGGAUGAACAAUAAUCCAUAAGCAAACAUAAUAAUGAAAUAGUUUAUUGCCUAAGCUCAUCUGAUGAGGCAUAUGAGGCAUACUGUUUUCAUUUGUUCUCUAUUACAAAAUUCAAAAUAACUGGCGCAAGAAAGUUAAGGCUCUCAAAAGAAUAAAGAACAGAAAAAACAACUUUUUUGUUAUAUUUUUGUACUUAAAUGUUUGCUUAGAUAUUAACUCAAUAACUCAGCGCCAAUUUCCCACCCCUUUUGAUUCACAAAUUUAAAUAUAUUUCUUAUUAUGCUUUUCCCCAUUAUCUCCUUUUUUCGAGAUCCUUUCAUUAUUGGCAAUGAAAAAAAAAGAAAAAAACAAAUGAAUACCAAUUAUUUUUUUAUUUUUGUAUACGUAAAUUUGAAAAUUUUAAACGUUGAGUAUGAAAAAGAGCUGUUGAAUCAUGUAGAAAGAAAAUAUACGAAAGAUAAUGCAUACAUAAUAGCAUACCGAUUUUUAAUCGGUCAAACAAUGAGUGCGCAUAUAUGACGAAUUUAUUCCUUCGAAGGAAUCCUUUUUUUAAAUUUAUAUAUAUUUUUUUGUCAAUUUUUAAUUGCGAAUUUUUGUUAGACACUUUUUAAAUUGAUUUAAAAUAUAUAAUAGUGAAAAAAAAACAAAGUAGUAAAUUGAAAUCAAGUCAAUAGAAAAAAAGGGAAAUAGAAAUAAUUCUAGUUUCUUUGUUCGCAUUCUAUUUAAAAUUACAGAAUAUUCAUUGUGAAUUGAUUUCAAAUCUAAAAAAAAAUAAUAUUAUUAAAUGAUACAUGUGAAAUUAUGAACAAUAACAACAACAAACCGAAAGUGAAACAUUUGUAAAUAAAUGAAUGAACAUAAACAAUAAAGGUGAAUAAGAAAAUUAUGGAUAUUUAAACGAUGUAAAUCGUAAGAAAUUGUCGCGAUCGCAUCAUAUGAAUUCCAUUGUAAAGAGAUAAUAUGCAUGAUAUUCAAUAUAUUUAAUAAUAAGUUUCACUUUUUAUCGAUAGCGAUCCUGUUAAUGGUAUUGCUACGCCAAUUACCCGAUAAUCUCACAUUUAUUUCAACGUCAUUCUUAAAUGUGCAAGCCACUUUAUUUGAUGCGAUGCAGAUAAAUUUAAUUUAUUCGAAGUACCAUUGAACAAAGGAUAAACACUUUCACAAAAAUUAUCUCAACAACUGCGUCCAAAAUCAAUUUCAUCGGGCUUUGAGUUUAUAAUUCUUAUCAAAUGCCGAACACUUUUUCAAAACGAUUGAACUAAUUCACAAAACGUCUUGGCCUGAGGUCUGAAAGGUAAUUACGAAUCCUCUUCGCACAACGAAUCCAAUUCUUUUAUGAUUUCUUUCAUUCAUCUUUUGAAACGUGUAGCCGAUAAAAUAUUGAUUGCCGGGCAGCCAAAAUGAAUUCGUCCGAUUGGGAUUCUCUGAUCCACUGCAAUUGAGGAACGCACAUAACAAACUGUAAUUUCAAUAAUAAUCCAAUUAAAACGUCCGAUUUGUAUUUUCCACUAUUUAACAACAAAAAUAUAGCACAUCUCAACGAAAUUUGGUUAAAAAAAAUACAAAUCAAAAUUGUUUAAAAUAUUUUUAAAAAUUGUUAUAAAAUCUAACGAAAAAAGGAGGGGUAUUUCUUUUUAAACAGUCCUGAAUCUAUGAUUCUUAGCAUACAUUUCAUUCUAAUUGAAACAAAAAGUAAACAUACAGGAAUAUUGGGUGGGAAACACCUAAAGAAAAAUGGCUAAACGAAAAUUAUAUUGAAUGAUACUGAUAUAUAAAUUAAAUACAUUUAACUGGCCAAUUAGAAAGCGGAUAUCAAUAAAUUGAUCAGAAGUAAACAAACAUUUUAAA